AUGAACAUCGAUUUGACAACAGUUCACAACCUUUCAGGUCCCAUUGCAAUCGAGGGGGCAGAACCUGGAGACUGUUUAGUGGUUGACAUUUUGGAUGUGACCCCGUUUGAGAAGAUGCCGUGGGGAUAUACUGGUAUAUUCGAACUCAACAACGGGGGUGGUCUCUUUGCGCGGGAAUUCAACAGUAAGGCUGCGAAAGCCAUUUGGGACUUUCAUGGAGUGUAUGCGACUUCGCGACAUGUUCCUGGUGUUCGAUUCGCGGGCGUGUCGCACCCAGGUCUUAUUGGUACCGCACCGUCAGCGGAACUGCUCGCUACCUGGAACAAGCGAGAAGGAGCAUUGAUCUCGGAGCACCCAAACUCUGUCCCUCCUGUCGCUUUUCCACCGGAACCAAAGGGAGCGUACGUUGGACAAGACCUCGACGCGAAAGUUCUGGAGAAGAUAGCUCAGCACGGCGCAAGGACGAUUCCAGGCCGUGAGCAUGGCGGAAACUGUGAUCCUUCACCUAUUGAUCCCCUCUACUCGCAGAAGCUAAUUUUUGAAGGCAUCAGUGUUGACUACCAUGGAGAUGGAAAACAAUACAACAUGGAUGCUACUGUCGCCUACAAACAAGCCGCUCUGAAUGCCAUUAAUUAUUUGCGGAAACUGGGAUAUACUCGCGAGCAAGCCUAUAUCUUACUUUCCGCCGCCCCGAUCGAAAGCCAUGUUGGAGCGAUUGUUGACUCUCCCAACGCCUGCGUUACCCUGGCACUGCCUAUCGGAAUUUUUGAACAUGACAUUCUGCCCAAGCCCGAUGGCCUGAAAAAGCUAGAUUUCGGUCAAUGUGCGAUCAGGAGUGACGGCGUAGUCUGA